AUGGUGCUGGCUGCUAUGCGUCCAGCAUCAGCCGCCCGGGUCCGCGGCACUCGGCAUGCUGUGAUCCAGACUCUGGGCGCAUCCCAUGCCGUGUCCGCCCGCGCUCCGAUGCCGUAUGAGCUCGCUGUGGCUGUCCGCACCCGAGCUACCCUCAACCGACCCGUCUUCCAUUCCACCUGCAGAACGUUCGGGACAUCGAGUGCCCAGCUGUACGCCGACAGGAAGCACGUUUCCGACGGCGAUAGGGAUGCUCAAAAGACCGAGUCCGAAUCCGAUGCUGCCACCGAGGCCACCAGGUCCUCCAAAGAUGCGCAAUCGCAAUCACAAUCGCAGUCGAAGCACGAGGCAAGCUCCUCCGAUCCGCCCCCGGCCUACAGCGAACCAGCUGGGCCACCGGCAUACGACUGGGAGGAGAAGGCCAAUUUCAACAUCAAGGAGUUCGACGAUCUACCCUACACAAACUUCGGCGUGAAUCAGCACAUCGUCAUCGAGCGCGAGUUCAAAGAGUGUCUGCGUCACAUACCAUGGCAAUUCCGCGCCCCCAUCAUGUACGCCUUUGCCUACGGGUCUGGUGUUUUCCCUCAGUCCAAGGGUGGAGGUACGGCCACCGAGGCCGAGAUCCGCGCAGUCCAUCCCAGAGCUCCUGAGGCUGUCCAGAAGGCCCAGAAUGAAGAGCCCAAGAUGAUUGACUUCAUCUUUGGCGUCACACACACGCAGCAUUGGCACUCCUUGAACAUCAUGCAGCAUAGGGACCACUACUCGGGCCUCGCAUCCUUGGGCUCGGGGGCCGUGUCCGCGGUCCAGGAUCGCUGGGGCGCCGGCGUGUAUUUCAACACGUACGUCACCGUGGAGGGCAUUCUGGUCAAGUACGGAGUCGUCAACCUUGAGACUCUCAAGCGCGACCUUCGAGAGUGGGAUACACUCUAUCUGGCCGGCCGCCUCCACAAACCUGUCAAGAUCUUGCGCGACAAUCCUCAGGUUCGCAUGGCAAACCAGAUCAACCUCCUUUCGGCUCUUCGAACCGCGCUUCUUCUUCUGCCCCCCACCUUCACCGAGCGAGAGCUGUACUCCACUAUUGCCGGCAUCAGCUACCUUGGUGACCCGCGUAUGGCAUUCCCUACCGAGAAUCCUCGCAAGGUGUCCAACAUUGUCAGCAACAACAUGCAGAACUUCCGUGCUCUGUAUGCACCUCUUAUCGAGUCCCUGCCCAAUGUCGAGUUCGACGAUCCUUCCUGCAAAAAGGAGAAUUGGAUCUGGGACAACCAGUCGGUGCUGAAACUUCGGCAAGACAUGGAUCCAGUAAAGCGAGGCAACAUGGUUCGCCGUCUACCCAAGGCCUUCCGCUCCAAGCUUUACUUCGAGUAUCAGAAGAAGUUCCAGAUCCCGCAACUUGAAUUCGAUGAGAUGAUGGAGACGAGUAAGAAUGAGGACACGGCAUCCUUCACGAGGCAGCAGGGUGGCGGCUUUGAGCAGCGCAUCGCCCAGGACGAGCCCGAAGAGCUACGCAAGAAUGUUCGUCAUGUCAUCAAGAAGACCAUCAACUGGCCCAGCACAACCCAAACCCUGAAGGGGCCGCUCAUGGCUGGCUGGAGCAAGACACUCCGGUAUAUAGGGGAGAAGAUGGCCAAAUACCGCGAAGGUAAAAAACCAGAGGCUACUACGACAGACAAGGAGGACAAGAAAGAGUAG